CGCUGAUCAGGCCUUCAGGGUCUACUCAAUGCCCUCCUAGCUCUCUCUGGCUCUCUCUGGAAUGAGGUACAAUCUUUUGUGUGUCCCUGAACGGUUACGUUUCCUCACGGGGAGGUUCAUGACAUCCACAAGCAAAAUGGUUCGACCUCGGCCACUAAUUUCCACUCGGCGAGUAUAAAUUGACGCGACACGAAGUGAUACCAACUCGCAUCUCGACCUCAAUAUGUGGCCCUUCUCGUCCACGUAUCCAGUGAGCGCUUUGGAGAACGUUGCUAACAAGGAAUACGACUUUAUCGUUGUUGGAGGCGGCACCGCUGGAUGUGUCCUUGCAUCGAGACUGAGUGAGAACCCUAGACACAGGGUCCUGUUGUUGGAACGAGGACCUGCAGUCAAUACUUGGUUAUCUCGUGUUCCUUUGAUAUCUUGCAAUUACAGACUUGCAGAACGCCCCAGCAUACAAAUGGCUCUCUGAUCCUCUGAAGGCGACUGUUGGAGGACCGGAAUCGUUUGCCAUGGUUUCUGGUAGGCUAUUGGGUGGAACUUCGAAGAUCAAUAAUAUGCUGUACACGCGCCAGGUACCAGGAGAGUUCUCUGCAUGGACAGAGGCGGGUCGCAAGGGUUGGACUUGGGACGAUGUAGAGCCCUACUACAACAAGUCAGAAACUACUUUGUCGCAUACGAAAUCUGAGCAUAGGGGACAUAAAGGACCCUGGUUCAAUCGUCGUUUGGACGACAUUCCUAUGCAGAAUAUUUCAGAGUCAGUGUCUGAACGUGCUUUAUGUGCCUUAUCUUCUCACAAUCACGUUAGGACUAUCGCUGCGACAUCAUCGUUCGGGAUACCUUACGUGACUGAGUCGAACGAUCCUUCAGCUCCUGCAGUAUGCUGUGCGCGUUUGGAUCAUACUAUCGACGAUCAAGGACGCAGAUGCUCUGCUUUCGAUGCAUUCCUUCCACCACACGUUGCACUUCGAAGCAACCUUGAUAUCUGCACUGAAAUCGUCGUGACAUCCGUCGAUUUAGAGGAGACCCCAAAUGGACUCAGAGCCGUUGGCGUGUUCUUCGAACAUGACAGUAUCAUCCGCGGGAAGACUCAUCGCCGGUACCAUUGCUCUGCAAAACGAGAAGUCAUCCUGUCAUCCGGUGCUAUAGGUACUCCGAAGAUUCUCAUGUUAAGCGGAGUGGGACCCGCGGAGCACCUCAAGUCGCUUAAUAUCCCAGUGAAGAAGGAUCUGCCAGGGGUCGGAGCGAAUUUGCAAGAUCACUUGGGCGUCCCAGUCAUUUUCAAAGCGCCGAAACAUGAUACUUUCGAGAAGUUGCUCUCAAACCCUUUCUCCAUCCUCUGGGAACUGAUCAAGUACUUGUUGUUUGCAACCGGACUCAUGCUAUGCCCACUACCCCAGAUCAGUAUUUUCGCUCUGUCACGCCUUUUGGAUGACGAUUCCAAUACCGUCGUCCACUCAGCCAAUGGAAAAGCUGAAUUCGAUGCUCACAUCUCAUCAAAUGUGCCUGACAUCGAGUUGAUGGCAUUGUCCAUCAAUGCAUCUGACGAACAGUUCGUGGAAUUGAAGGACUGGUACACUGGUGCAUUCUCCUACCUUUGUGUCGCUCUUCGGCCAGAAUCACACGGAACUCUUCGACUUCGAUCUGUUGAUCCUCGCGACUUUCCGGUCUGCGACCUAGCCUUCCUCACGAAGCCAAAUGACUAUGUGGUCAUGCGUAAAGCCGUCAAGCUAGGCCUCGCACUGGGGCGCAGACUUCGCGAACAAGGAUACCCCCUUCGAGACCUGCAAGUCCCGGACAGCGAGAGCGAUGAAGAUUUGGACAAGUUCAUUCGGGCCGGUUCUCGGACGACAUUCCAUUAUUCUUCUACUUGUAGGAUGGCGCCGGAGGCGGAAUUGGGUGCGGUGGACGACCAAUUGAGGGUUCAUGGCAUACAGGGUUUGCGAAUUGCAGAUGCCAGCAUAUUUUCCAGUAUUCCUGCGACUCAUCUUCAAGCCCCUGUGGUCAUGGUCGCCGAGCGCUGUGCCGACUUCAUCAAGGCUUCUUACUAGAAAAUUGUUUGUGGUAUGAAUGACGAUGCUCAUGUCAACUGUGCCGAUCCUUGUAACAUGCAAACUGAAUCUUCUAUGCUGCAGUCUACACUGAUCCUUCUCAUGCCAUCAUAUUUUAUAAUUGCUAGUGUUGUCUGCUGACUUUGUCAUCGGGCUGUAGACUCGAAAGAAAGCUCGAAAGGGGACUGCCUCCAAAGAGCUCCCCGAAUAAAUCCCCUCAUCCCUCUACGCAUACAUUUUGGCCUCGUUGAAGCAUUGAUGAGUGUCAUCAUAAAGAAGAAAAACUGCCAGAACGACUUCGUUAGGGCAUACCAAUCCAGAUAUUAUUGAAAGUUGAUUCUAUACCUGUUCCUUACGAGUUUGCUUCGACUUUCUUUCGUAACUCACAAUACCUUCCAAACUAAGCUGAACCGACUGUGAUCGCAUCCGGGCCGAUCACAUAUGCAAUGGUCUGCUCUGACGGU